UCCUUGAUGGAAUGGAUUUGAACAAAAAGUCGAUCGCACCCGCGAAACGCCUUUCUGAGAAAUCUUCACCUGUAAUCGCCAAAUCUUCAACUCAGCACGUAGGGUUGUUUCUUUUUUUUUCUUUUCAGGUCACUUCACUUCGAAUCCCGGGCUGUGCCCUCAUUGUUUGCAUUCUAUCUCAUACGGCAGGUCCUGACUUCAUAACACAUUAUUAACAUUAUUUUUCAAAUAAGCGGUUGAGAUAUUGAAUUUCAUCCCUUUCUCUUUUGUCGUCAGUUCUUAGCAAACCUACUUUCUUAAGGUUUCUAAUAGUUUCGCAUAUUCACAAUGAGUACUCAAAGCUUCCGAAGGCGCGGUCGCGCAAGUGAGCUUAGAAUAUCUGUUCGCGAUAAAGCUCCUGUAAACGACGCCGAAGACAGCGAUGUGUCCGAUUCCGAAGACGAGGGGGACUUAGACUCACCUUCUCCUACGUCAGAUGGCUUCCCAUCUCCCGUCCCGGGCGGCACAAUCCCCUCUACCUCGUCAACCGGUACACAGCCGGCAGUAGCUGCACCCACCAACACCCAAUCAGACUCCUCCACAACAAUCACCGCUGGUUCUAGCCAAGGUGCUGUAUCGCAAAACGAACCCGUGCAAGCACAAGCAACCCAAGUAGAAGGCAGGAUAUCUGGAAUGAGCAAAGAUGGAGCUAUAGCCCUUGGUGCAGUUGGUGGCGUCAUAAUUAUCGCAACCAUCUUGUUCAUCAUAUUUAAAUGCCGAAGACGUCGAACUAGCUCCUCCACCAGAAAGCGCUUUUUCUGGGGAUCAUCCUCUUCAGCCGCCUCGGACGAUAGCUUCAGGAGAGCACGAGAACCGCAAAUGGAGAAAUACGGAGGAUCAUAUGGCAACAGGCAGUCGAGGACUAUGGACGAUUUGAUGGCAGCUGCGUACGCCGCCGAGGACGGCAACGCUUCCCGGUACAGUGGAUAUAUGGAUGAAAAACGACAAGUCAAUGGAUCUGUCUAUGGCACUAGUCCAAGACAAUCUCUGAGACAGUCACAAUCUCCCCCAAGACAUUCACAGUCUCCUACAAGGCAUCCGCUUUCUCUACGCAGGGCACCCUCCAGAAGACAGUCGCGCGCACCCAGUGUGCGGGCCUCGGUCAACUCGCAAGGUGAAAACUCUCUCUACGUCAACCAACUGCUUUCUGGCUUCUACAAAGGUCAAAGAAUGGACGGGCCCGCGGUCCCCCGUAACGCAAGAGUGCCUCCGCCAAUCGCCCCUUCAGUAGCCGGACGUACCGAGUACACAGCUACGACAGAAAGUACGUGGAGGACAUGGGGUUGGCAGCAGAAGAAAGAGGAGCCUAAGGAGAGCUGGGUGAAGAAGUGUGUUCGUCUUGGGGGGCUGAAAUAAAAACGGCCUGGUAUGUGAUGUACAUGAAACCGACUACGAUG